AUGACAACCCUACACUAUCUGCCCCCAGUGAAGCCCUCCGCCAUUGCGAUGGGUGCUUUCUUCACCCACACAGCUUCCCUAGGUAUUCUGGCCCCCGUUUUCGGUGACACAUAUCACCGCGCGCAGGCGGCCAACUCGAAGGAGGAGUUCAUCAAGUCGAAGGAAGCCGCGGGCGCAGCAGCUGCAUGGGGCAGCUCUUUGGUCGGCAGUGCGGUGCAGACCUAUGGUGUCGCUGCAUUGAUCAACGCCACCGGUACUCUCAGUUACAAGGGUGCCGCCUACCUCGGAACUCUGAUCUUCUUUGCUAGUUCCGCCCCAAGUUUCGUCAGUCAGAUCUUUUCCGAGAAGCGACCUCUUGACACUGUUGCCGUCGGAGCCGUUUCUCGAGUCUUCGAGACUGUUGGUCUCAGCUUGUUCCUGACCUGGUGGGGAACUCGCACUCAUCCCUUUGAUUAA